CCGAACUGUGUGAAAUGGUAAAGAUCGCAACGAUUGAUGAUUAUGUUACGGGUGAGGAGGAACUAAGUGGAAACAAUGAUAAUACAUAUGAAGAAAGCUCAAAUUCAUUAUCUCAAACCACUAUAAUCUUAGAGGACAUUGUUAAUUUGCGGAAUCCCGUUUUUCAAGACAGAGAAAUCAUAUCAUUUGAAUCUCCUACUGACAUUGCAGAUUCUAAUAUUGAAGGCGAUAUUGAUCUGGACUUUAGUCCUGAGGAUCUUGUCAACACU